UUUGAGCAACAUGAAGUAUCUGGCAGUCACGGGCGGCACGGUCUCGGGCCUCGGGAAGGGCAUCACGAUCUCCAGCAUCGGCGUCGUCCUCAAGGCCUGCGGCCUCCGCGUCACCUCGGUCAAGAUCGACCCGUACCUUAACUGCGACGCUGGCACUAUGAGCCCCUUUGAGCACGGCGAAGUCUUUGUCCUUGACGACGGCGGCGAAGGCGAUCUCGAUCUUGGCAACUAUGAGCGCUUCCUCAACAUCACGCUCACCAAGGACCACAACAUCACGACGGGCAAGGUCUACAGCCAGGUCAUCCGCCAAGAGCGCCGCGGCGACUACCUCGGCAAGACGGUCCAAGUCGUGCCGCACGUCACGGACGCGAUCCAGUCGUGGAUCGAGCGCGUCGCGCAGAUCCCGGUCGAAGGCGACGACAAGCCCGCGGACGUGUGCCUCAUCGAAGUCGGCGGCACAGUCGGCGAUAUCGAGUCGAUGGUGUUCCUCGAGGCCCUCCGCCAGUUCCAGUUCCGCGUCGGCGUCGAAAACUUUUGCCUCGUGCACGUCUCGCUUGUGCCUGUCAUGGGCACGGUCGGCGAGCAAAAGACUAAGCCAACGCAGCAUGCGAUCAAGGAGCUUCGCAGCGCGGGCCUCACGCCGGACGUCAUUAUUUGCCGCGCGUCGUCGCAGCUCGAGCCCGCAACGAAGGCCAAGAUUGGCAUGUUUUGCCAGGUCUCGCAGAACCACGUGCUCAGCGUCCAUGACGUGAGCAACAUCUACCACGUACCGUUGCUCCUCGCCAAGCAGGGUGCUGCGUCGAUCUUGCUCUCGAAGCUCCAGAUGAUGCACAAGUUUGCUGAGCCGGAUCUCGCUGCGUGGUCGGCCAUGGCGCACCGCGUCGACAACUACGACAAGCUUGUCAAGAUCGCGCUUGUCGGCAAGUACACGGGUCUCCAAGACUCGUACUUGAGCGUCAUCAAGGCCCUCAAGCACGCGUCGAUGCGCUGCAACCACGACCUCGAGAUCGAGUGGAUCGAGUCGGUCGACCUCGAUACGGUCUCCAAGGUCUCGGAACCCGAGAAGUAUGCAGCUGCGUGGGCCAAGCUCAAGUCGUGCCAGGGUAUCGUCGUUCCCGGCGGUUUCGGCGACCGCGGCGUCGAUGGCAAGGUUGUCACGGCGCAAUACGCCCGCGAAAACAAGAUUCCGUACCUCGGUAUCUGCCUCGGCUUCCAGGUCGCGACCAUCGAGUACGCGCGCAACGUGCUCGGCUGGAAGAACGCCAACUCAGGCGAGUUUGACGAGUUCACGGACAAGAAGGUCGUCGUGUUCAUGCCGGAAAUCAACCCGAACGAGAUGGGUGGUACGAUGCGCUGUGGUGCCCGGUCGACCGCGCUCGAGACGCCCAAGUCGGGCAAGCGCUCGCUCGCGUCGUACUUGUACCAGAACAAGCCCGAGAUCCUCGAGCGCCACCGCCACCGGUACGAGAUCAACCCCGACUUUGUCGCCGACCUCGAAGGCGCUGGUCUUCAGUACGUUGGCCGCGGCGACAAGGGUCUCCGCAUGCAGAUCGCCGAACUCGAUCGCGAUGUGCACCCGUUCUACUUUGGCACGCAGUAUCACCCCGAAUUCAAGACGCACCCGAACGACCCGAGCCCGCCGUUCUAUGGUCUCCUCCUCGCGGCCACGGGCGGCCUCGACGCGUACAUGAAGGAUUGCGACAAGCGCUUCGCUGCCUAAGUUAGAAGACUAGCGUAGACAUACGAUGAUGAACCAUGGAUAUACACACCUACCCGUCCUCGAUCCGUGUAGUAACCCACCAUCUUAAUUUAUUCGAUUAUUUAUCAGCCCGAA